CGCGUGUUAAAUUUGCUUCAUGGGCAAAGGAAAGAAACGCACGAAGCGGUCCCAAAUACACGGAGAACAGAGUUCGCCGUCUACCGAACUAGUCUUGGCGAGUCGCGUGCAGCAAGACGAGCUUCUGGUUAGCUUGACCACCGCCGGCGACGACUGGGAGGCGAUAGUCACGAUACUAUGCAAGAACUUUGGGAUACCGUCGCUGACGAAGCGCAAAGGGCUCAAGCAAAUCCACACCGAAAUCGAUAAAGUGUACGAACGGUUAGAUGCCGCAUACAUCCUAUAUGAAAGGAAGGGUGCCGAGAUGGUUCUGGGAGGCAUCGUCGCGAUAUUAGCCAAAAUGUGCGGCGAUCAUAUUCUUCGUAACAAGCUCGUCAAACGAGGUGUGGUGCCGAAGUUCGUGCCCCUUCUCGACUACGAAAAGUGCCGGCAUCUGGCGCUGCGAGCUCUGGUCAGUUUAACCCAUAAAGCCGAGCAGGACACGCGGAUCGAGAUCGCCCGUCACACGCCAAAGCUGAUUCGACUCAUGAAGAGCCAUCCUGACGACUACAAGAUCCAGGAGCUGUGCUUGGUGAUUAUGGGUCACGCUGUAUCCGCAGCCGUCUCCCCCAGGAACGGCUCGCCGCCUGAACCUGAUGUCCUCGAAGCUCUCACCUUGACCGAGACGCUUGAGACUACACUUGAGGUCCUCAGAAAGCCAGGCCGCUCGAUUUACCUGGUCGGACAUGCCUUGGACCUGAUUGUGAGCCCGACACACAACUGCCCAGAGGAGUAUCACAAGAACCCCUCAGCAGCGAAGUUGUUGAUCGCGUUCAUGCGAAGCAGCGAUCUCGACAUAAGGGUUUCUAUCCUCAACUCCCUCCUUGCCCUCCACGCUCCACAAGAAGAGGAGGAUGAAACAGAAUACGACUACGAGUCGCUCGUUGAUGCCACGUCUACUGGAAAGUGGCCUUCGAUUGUUGAUCGCGCGAUGGCGGGCUACGGGACGACGAAGUGCGAGAUCCACAUCAUGCUUGAGACAAUGAGAGAGUGCCAACGCGCACUGAACGAUAUCUUCGACAAUCGGGACUUCUAUUCCCUUGGGAAAAAACUGGUUGACUACAUACUAACAACAGAAUUCCCCAUUCCUGACCCCGAAGGCGGCGAUCUGGACCAGCGUGCCGAUUCCUUUAACGAAGACGAGACCUUCGAGUUUUCGUUGACCUCGUGGUUGGAUGUUCUACCUAUCGCCGCCGAAGCUAUCCGACAAAUGGGGCAUCCUGACGAAUCUCACCUCGCCGAGAUUCUCGACGUCAAAUUCCUCUCGAUGCGCUACGGCAUGCCUGUAGCCUGCGAGCAAGCUUGGGAUGCGCUCAAAGAGUAUCCGGACGUGGCUUACUUCUCUUACGUCAUUAGCACCAGCCAAUCGCAUGACCUGGGGCUGCGCUACGCGAAGAACGCCUUGCGCUCACCACAAACAUUGACCCCCUUCCUGAAGUACGACUUACUUGCGCAGAGUAUAGAGCAUGCCGCUAUCAAGGGGUUGGAUAUACUGCAAAUCCCUCGGGUAUCUAGCCGCAAGUGGGAAGAAGGAGUGGCGUUCCUCACUAGAGCCUGCGAGGACGCACAAGUGUAUAUGGCCGAGGCCCCACCCGAUGCAAGGAGGAUGAAGAAUGUCAUCGACUGGUACAUUCUCCUCACGCUCGUGAUCAAAGGCAAGAAAUUAUCGCCGGACUUAAGGCAUUUCUCAGAUGCACUGAAAAAGCUGCAAGUCAGCGACGAGGUGUCGAAGUUCCUUGGAUUCCCUCCAACCGACACGAGGGUGCGUCUUACUCGAGCGUUCGUCGUCGACAACUACGCGGCGGCUGAGAAGGAGUGGGGAGACCUGGUGCGGCAUUUCGACGCAGUCACUACGAAAGACAAAGGCGCACGGGAGCGGGAAAGCAUAGAUCCGGAGCUGGUUACAAAUGACCUUGCGUUAUGGCUUGAGCAGGACGACGAAGACGACGAAGAACAAGACGACAAAGGCGGGGACGAUACUCUCACAGUAUGGGAGCCGCCUUCCGAGCUUUCUGUCAGCUCGAUUCCACUCUACGAAUGCAGCUAUUGUCAAAACGCAAGCGCCGUGCUCAAGAAGUGCGGGGGUUGCGGCAAUACGAGAUACUGCAAUUCAUCCUGUCAGAAGAAACACUGGAAGCUACACAAAGCAUCGUGCCGUCGAUCGGUAUAGGCUCUUCCUGAGGCUCCGGUCGAAUGUACUCCUUGCCAUGGGACACUGCACCAUUCCUAUCUCCGAAGAUGCUUUGAUGUCGCUCUCGUUGGCCUUCCCGGAGCAAAUAUUGGAGCUCCGAUGGCCUUCCGAACACCGCGCUCCCAGCCUACGUUGAAGACAUCGCAACGAAAGCGUGUCGUGGCGGCGCUUCCAUGCCCAAGAUGCCGCUGACAUUGUGGUCACCGUUGAUCUUGUCACGGACGUGUUCUCAGAUUCAAGAACGAUACGCAUACUGUGACUGCAUGUAUAACGAGACUUCUUUUGUCACGGGUAUCGAUUGCAAUUAUCACUAC